AUGGAUACCAUGAAGAUGCUGGAAGACCCUCUCUACGCGCGGGAGGUGGUGGCUUACACCAAUGCGGUCAAGGCGGCUGCGCAGCACCUAGCGGACGAAGAGGUGCAGUAUGCUUUUACCUUCGCCAUGUCCUUCGGCGCCACACGGUAUCCCAACAUCGUGAUGAAGUGCGGCGGCCUCCAGGGCGUCCUUGCCGCGAUGGCGCGAUAUCCCAAGAACGAGCGGCUGCAGGCAGAGUGCUGCGAAACGCUUCGCAACAUUGCGGAGAUGCCUGACGGUGCCGACACGCUGCUGGAAACCAACGCUAUGGAGGCAGUCCUGGAUUCCAUGCGCAUGAAUGCGCAGGCGGAGUGGGUGCUACAGGAAGGCUGCGGCUUCAUUUGCCGGAUGAUCACGGAGCCGAGGAUGGGGAAGCUGAAGGACAAAGCGGUGGCCGUAGCGACCUUUGGAGGCUUCAUGGCCAUAGGCAUGGCCAUCAGUUCCAACCCCCAGCUGAAGGAGCGGGCCGUGCACAUGGCGUUCUUCAUGCGAGCCAACCCGCUCCUGGGCAUGGCUUUGCACGCCGUGCUCUCAACAGCAAUCACUGUCUCUGGCAUCCCCUUCUCCCUGGUGGAUUUGGGCGCCUCCUGGGUGUAUGGAUUCCAGACGGCGAUGUGCAUGCUGCUGGUUGCCAAGACGCUUGGCAGCAUCCUGUGCUUUCUGGUGGCACAUAGCCUGCUGCCACUGAAGCGCAAGGAGAGCAUCAUGGCGCACCCCACCGUGGCGCGGGUGGACCGAAUCCUGUCGGAGAGCCCGAUCUACUACGGGACGCUGUUCCGGCUCGCCCUGAUGCCUGCGUUUGUGAAGAACUAUGGCCUGGCCCUCUUGAACAUCAGGUUCAAGCACUACAUCACCUGCUGCCUCUUGGGCUCGUGCUUCGGCGUGCCAGCGCAAGCCUACCUGGGAUCCCAGCUGGGUGACAUCUACUUGGGUUUGCGGGACGCAGAGGCGGUGGCCCAAUCCGACCCCCUGGUACUGCUGGGAGGCAUCGCGCCAGCCUUGGCGAUGCUGGUGUUGAUGCCCACCGUGGCCAAGGUGCUCCUAGGAAGCGAUGAGAAGGACAAAGACAAGGCAGACAAGGCUGAGUAG